CACCAGAUGUUAAGAAACACAGGAAGGACUGAUGAUGUUUAAAGGAAGAGUUCAUAUAUUGAAAAGAAGAAGACUGACAGAGACAGAAAAUGGCUGAUAAAUGUCACAUAUAUCUGCUGGGACUGAUAAUUCUCUGCUCACCUCUCACAGAAUAAACACACACAUGCACUAUGUGUCAGGUACCAGUGAAAUGGAAGAAAUCCAUGUGUCCUUCACUGAUGGUGAAAAUGUCACUCUGCCAUGUAAUAAUGCUCGUUCUGACUGCACAUCAACUAAAUGGAACUAUUAUGGAGAAGGAUAUUCAGAGCCUGAGGUACUGAUUUCUGGAGGAAUAAAGAAGAAUGACAUAGAGAGACAUGAGAGACUGAAUCUGGGGUCUGACUGUUCUCUGAACAUCUAUAAAACCACAAAAGAAGAUUAUGGAAUUUACAACUGCUGGAAAAAUGUGAAUGGAGAGAGACCAUAUACUGAAAAUGUUUUUCUGCAUUUUCUUCAUGUCUCUCCACCAUCUACACAGACUGAGAUCAGACCAGGCAGCUCUGUGACUCUCUCCUGUCAAUUAUAUUCACAUUAUGGACAUACUUUGUGUUUUAGGGGAUUUAAACUGAUCUGGGUGAAUGAAUCUGGUGUUGAUCUGCAAACAGACUCCAGAUAUCAGAUAUCAUCCUCUCCAGAACACUGUAACAUCACUCUGACUACAACACUCCUGAAUGAAGACAACAACAGAGAGUGGAGAUGUCAGAUUACUGAAGGAACUGACGUGAAGACCUCAGUCAGCUAUACUGUCAAGUAUUUGGACAGUAAAAUGUCAUUUGGAUCAUUAUUGAGAGUGAUUAUAAUUAUCGUUGAGAUUGCAGCAGUAACUACUCCUACUGUUAUUCUGCUUCAGAUCAUCUGUGAAAGGAGAGCUGAAAACAAAAGAAGAGCUGAAACACCUAGAAGACUGAGUGAUACCUACUAUAAUUUAGAAUAAAAAAAUAAAAUUGAAAAAUAUAAAAGAAUGACAAAAAUAACAUGAUUUCAAUGUCAUUUCCAGCAUUCAUUAAUGUGCAGACUGCUUUAAAAUAAAGUUUGAAUCAAAUCUGUGAGGAUGAUUCAGGUUCAGUGAUUCUGAUGAUUCUCAUGUUGAAUGACAUUUACUGCUUUCAGAGAAAUACUGUAAUAGCAGGAAUUCAAUCUUUUCUACUGAAGUUUAGGAAGUGUUCAAAUGAGGAUUUUACAGACUAUCAUGAGCUCAAGUAAAUAUUGUAUGAAAUAUACAGUAAACUGUUUGCUGAACUUUUACUGAAAGUGUGUUUAUUAAUUGUCUUAAUCACAUCUGGGUGACAUCUAUCUUAGCACUUUAGCAGAAGAGAUUCAAUGCAGCAUCCUACUAAAAGACAGAAGUGGAACGAACCUUCAGAUGAUUCAGAAUUGUUUCUCAACAGUCUAAACUGGAAUCUGAGGUGACCACUGUUCAGUGCAGGUUGAGCAAGUGUGGUCAAACUAAGUAUUUCUCAAACACAACCGUAAGCUCAACUAAAAAACAAAAAGAAGAUCUGCUGUAAUAAAUAUGAUCACAAUUACUGUGCUUACAAUAUAAAAGACUAACAAUGGCCUGCAAAGGAAGAGGAUUUUUUCACUAAGUGCAAAUAGUGUUAGAUGUUAUGAACAGUUUACACUAAGUGUUAAUAGCAACAAAAUGCAUCUUUGUUACACUAAUUGCGAAUAAUGUCAAGGGUAAAUCGUGUUAGAUGCUAUUUGCACCACUAAUGAAAUAACAACAUACAGUAAGGGCAUCACUCCAGGGUGUUUAUUGUGAGUCUCACAGACAUCCUACACCAACCCCUACCCCUAACCUUCCCUUACAAAAAUUAACCAUGGGUUUACUACAUUAAGCACAGUAUCACCAUGGUAUUUGGCCAUAAAAUCAUAGUUUUUCACAUUGCCUGACAGUUUUAAAUGCAAAGUUU